AUGAUGGCAUCUGUUUCAGAGCUGCUUUAUAAUACUCUAGAUGACCUGGUAGAAGACGAUCUGAAGAGAUUUAGGCGUCUCUUAAAAGAUGAUAAGAAAAUUAGAGCUGGUAAACUGGAGAAUGCUGGUGUCACUGACAUAGUGGAUCUGAUGCUGGAGUGUUAUGGAGAUGAUGAAGCUGUGAAGAUCACACUGAACAUCCUGAGGAAGAUUAACCAGAACCAGCUGGCUGAAGACUUACAGGAGAAUUCAGAAGGUAAAAACAAUACUGAUCACCAGUAAUAUUUUGGGCUGCAAAACUUCUUGAAAACUCACAAAACGAACAUGAGGGAGAAAGUAGAAUACAUUUUCGAGGGUAUAAAUGGAAUGGAAGCACAUCUCAAGGAUGUUUACACAGAACUCUUCGUUACCGAGGGGGACAUUAAAGAAGUCAAUUGUGAACAUGAGGUUUUGCAGAUUGAUGAUUCUUUUAAAAUCUGUAAAUCACAGGACAGGCCAAUCAAAUGCAAUGAUGUAUUCAGUCGGAACACAAAUAAGAAGAAAAAGAUUGUGCUGACCAAAGGCAUCGCUGGCAUUGGAAAAACAGUCUCCGUACACAAGUUCAUUCUGGACUGGGCUGAAGAAGAAGCCAAUGUUGAUAUAAACUGUGUGUUUCUGCUUCCAUUCCGCAAGAUUAACUGCAUUAAAGACAAAGAGAUUAGUCUGCAUGAGUUUCUACAGAAAUUUAAUCCUGAACUGAACGACCUGGAAACAGCAAAGAUAAAUAAGCUGUAUAGUUGUAAGCUUGCAUUUAUCUUUGAUGGACUGGACGAGAGUCAACUGCCUUUGGAUUUUGACAGUGGAAUGGUGACGAGUGUUGAGGAGCGAUCAUCUGUAGAUCAGCUGGUUACAAGUCUGGUGAACGGGACUCUGCUUCCAUCAGCUCUCAUCUGGAUUACAUCACGACCAGCAGCAGCCAAUCAGAUCUCUCCUGAGUAUGUAGGGCUGUUCACUGAGGUGCGAGGAUUCACUGACCAGCAGAAGGAGGAGUUCUUCAGAAAGAGGGUCACAGAUGAGACUCAAGCCUCCAGACUGAUCUCACACAUUAAGAAAUCUCACAGCCUCUAUAUCAUGUGCUACAUUCCAGUGUUUUGUAAGAUCACAGCCACUGUUCUUCAAGACACCCUCAUUGGAAACAAUGCGGAGACCAUCAAUACAACACUCACUGAAAUGUACAUCCACUUCCUGCUAAUACAGAUGAACAUGAAGAGCCAGAAGCAUGACAGAAAAAAAAAAAGAGACUUCACCAAGCUCUUAAAUUCCAAUAAAGAAAUGAUUCUGAAAUUAGCCAAGCUAGCGUUUGAGCAACUAAAGAAUAAAAACUUUGUGUUCUAUGAGAAAGAUCUGGAAGCAUCUGGUAUUAAUGUGAGUGAAGACUUUGAGUCCACAGGAAUGCUUACUGAGAUCUUUCAGCAAGAAGCCGGACUUCAUGAGAUGAAGGUCUUCUGCUUUGUGCAUCUGAGUGUUCAAGAGUUUCUCGCUGCAGUGCACGUGUUCCUCUGCUACCUGGACAAGAACAUGGAGGAGCUUCAGUUUUUCUUUGAAGAGAAACAAAGCAGAGUCUGGGACAAAUAUCUGGUUCUCCUUCAGUCUAGAAGACACACUCUCCAAAAUAUUCCUUUGCAUGAUUUACUAAAGAAGGUUAUUGAGAAAGCAAUGCGGAGUCAGAGGGGACAUUUUGACCUGUUUUUGCGGUUUCUGAUGGGCAUUUCAUUAGAAUCCAAUCAGAAAAUGCUCAGAGACCUGUUCACACACCCUGAGGACAGCAAGGACAGCAUCACAAAAACAACUCAACACAUUACAGAACUAUUACAAACCCAGGACAUCUCCCCUGAAACCUCAGUAAACCUGUUUUACUGCUUACUGGAGCUCAAUGACAAUUCAUUAUAUAUGGAAAUCCUGAGCUACCUCCAAACUAAUCCACAAAGAAACCUCACACCUUCCAUGUGCUCAUUGAUGGCCUGUGUAUUGAUGAUGUCAGGGGAGGUGGUGGAUGAGCUCAACCUGAGGAAGCAGACAAGUGAAGGUUACACAAGGCUUCUGCCUGCUGUGAGAUGCUGUAGAAAAGCCAAACUCGACCGGUGUUGUCUCAAUGAUACCUGCUGUGAGACUGUGGCUUUGGCCUUGCAGAUACCAAGCUCACCCCUGAUAGAGCUGGACAUGAGUAGCAAUAACCUGCAGGAUUCAGGAGUGAAGCUGCUCUCUGAUGGACUGAAGAGCCCAAACUGUCAGCUGCAGAUACUGAGUUUGUUAUGCUGUUAUCUGACUGGUGAGUGCUGUGAGUUUGUGGGAUCAGCUCUACAAUCAUCAAACUCCCGUCUGAUAGAGCUGGACAUGAGUCACAAUAACCUGCAGGAUUCAGGAGUGAAGCUGCUCUCUGAUGGACUGAAGAGCCCAAACUGUCAGCUGCUGAAACUGAGAUUGGCAGGCUGUAAACUCACUGGUCAGUGCUGUGAGUUUGUGGCAUCAGCUCUACAAUCAUCAAACUCCCGUCUGAUAGAGCUGGACAUGAGUAACAAUGACCUGUGCGAUUCAGGAUUGAAGCUGCUCUCUGAUGGACUGAAGAGCCCAAACUGUCAGCUGCAGAUACUGAGAGUGGCAUGCUGUAAUCUGACUGGUGAGUGCUGUGAGUUUGUGGCAUCAGCUCUACAAUCAUCAAACGCCUGUCUGAUAGAGCUGGACAUGAGUAACAAUGACCUGUGGGAUUCAGGAGUGAAGCUGCUCUGUGACGGAAUGAAGAGCCCAAACUGUCAGCUGAACAAACUGAGAUUGAUAUACUGUAAACUCACUGGUGAGUGCUGUGAGUUUGUGGCAUCAGCUCUACAAUCAUCAAACUCCCGUCUGAUAGAGCUGGACAUGAGUAAAAAUGAGCUGUGGGAUUCAGGAUUGAAGCUGCUCUCUAAUGGACUGAAGAGCCCAAACUGUCAGCUGGAGAAACUGAGUUUGUUAUGCUGUUAUCUGCCUGGUGAGUGCUGUGAGUUUGUGGGAUCAGCUCUACAAUCAUCAAACUCCCGUCUGAGAGAGCUGGACAUGAGUCGCAAUUACUUGCAGGAUUCAGGAGUGAAGCUGCUCUAUAAUGGACUGAAGAGCCCAAACUGCCAGCUGCAGAAACUGAGGUUUGAGAAUCAUUUCUUUCAGUAUAUUGAUACAUGA